AAUUCACUAAAAUAUACCAAUAGUGAGAACCAUACAUUUAUCAUCACUAAAACUAAAGAUAGAGAGCACUCUAGAGAAAUCAUGAAGGGUUAUGAACCAAGGUCAAGUUCCUCUUGUGCAGCCUGCAAAUUUCUGAAAAGAAGAUGCAUACCAAAUUGUAUAUUUGCGCCAUACUUUCGCUCCGAUGAGUGCAAGAAAUUCGCGAAAGUUCACAAAGUAUUUGGAGCAAGCAAUGUGAGCAAGAUUCUGAUUGAAGUUCCAGAGGAACAAAGGGAAGAAACUGUGAAUUCUUUGGCUUAUGAAGCUGAUGCAAGGCUUAGAGACCCUGUCUAUGGAUGCAUAGGUGCUAUAGCACUUUUGCAAAGGAAGAUGGUUGAACUUCAACAUGAUCUUGCCAUUGCAAAGGAUCGCCUGGCUCGUUGCGCUGCGGCUGCUGCUACUCCUACUUCUUCUUUUUCCAAUGAUAUGAUGAAUUCAAAUGUUAGUUUGCCACCUUUUCCUGAGUUUUUCACUUGCAGUGACUUCAGUGAUAAUUUAAGUCACAGUUCUUCGUCUCAAUCGUUUACUCGAAAUGAAACUGUCGAUGAUUUCGUUCAAAUUCCUUAUAUAUUUUAAUGCUGUUAUCACCCCCUUUCCCUUAUUUUGUUGUAAUUGUUCUGAAUUGUGUGAUUAAUCAAAAGGAGUGCUUCUGUUGUAUAUGCUAAUAAAUAAGAACUACAUGAAUGAUUUGGUUUUCCAAUUUAUGA